AAUUCAUAAAAUUAAUAAGUCUUCAGCCGUUUGACCAACAAAGUAUAAUAUAGCAAAUAGGAGUGUAUAUAUAUACGCAUUUGUUAUAUUUUUGUGAAAUAAAAAUAAUUUGAAAAAAAUAUAUAGAUUAUGUCUAAAAUUGUCAUUUUUUUGUUAAUUUUCAAAUAUGUGGUUUGCAUGGAGAUUUUUCUUGCAAGAGUCCAAGUUAUGGAAGAAAGUGAUCCAUCAAAAAAUUAUUAUUUUAAAAUAAAAAAAGUUGGUAAUAGUAAUGCAAUAAAUGUUACUAAUUCCAAUGACAAAUGUUCAAAUGAAGACGAGGCUCUAAGAACAUUGGGAAAUAGUGCUGAAAAAAAAUAUAUGUACGGACAAGAAUUAGAUCUCACAUGGAAAAAAGUCUUGAAUUUGUAUGAUCAACAUCAAUUAAAGGGACAUAUGAGUAUAAAAUAUGAAUCAAAGAAACAUAAUGAUGUGAACACUUAUUUUACACUCUGUAAAGAUAUACAUCAAAUAGCACCUAAAAAUGCUGCAUCAGCAUUUGCAAGAGAAAUUUUUUACAAAAUAUUUAUUACAAAACAAGAACAUUGUAUUGAAAAGAGGACUGUUAAAGUGGGUGACAAUUAUUAUUUUGAACGUAAUAAACUUGAUUUUGCUUAUUGUGAUGCAAAUGCAACAAUACGGAUUGAUUUAUUUGAAACAAAUUCUGCAGAUUGUGGAAUUGGCGGCUCUGGCGAAGACUUUACAUAUAAUACACUAAGAGUAUUUUUUAAUGUAAAAUUCGAUGAUUGUGAUGGAAAAAAAUAUGCACCAUUCGCCUCUUUUCCACAAGAUUUACUUUAUAUGACAAAAUUAUCAAAUGCUGAUAAAAUUUGUACAAGUUUGUCAAAAAAUCCAAUUAUUACUUAAAAAUUGUUUUAAAAAAAUAUAUAAAAGAAAUAUAAUAAUAAUAAUAAUAAUAAUAAUAAUAAUAUAUUAUUCGAAUUAAA